AUGUCAUUCACACAGUUCAAGACGCACAUAGAAGAAGGCGAUUUGGUCCUCGCAUUUAUCAACCGCACAACGAUAAAGCCAGUAUACAUCAAAAAGGGCGAAAUCCUACAAUCGAAAUACGGCCAUUACCCACAUGAUUCCAUGAUAGGCAUGCGCUACGGUUCACAAGUGAAAGGAGCAAAAGGGUAUGGAUUUAUUCAUUUACUCGCACCGACGCCGGAAAUGUGGACCUUGUCGUUGCCGCACAGAACUCAAAUCGUGUAUACGCCCGAUUCGUCAUAUAUCAUCCAGAGAUUGAACGUGCGGCCCGGCACCAAAGUGAUUGAAGCUGGCACUGGGUCGGCUUCGUUUACCCAUGCGUUUGCGCGAACGGUGGCGGGAACCGGCCAUGUUUACACCUACGAGUUCCACGAACCGCGGUACCUUGAAGCGGAGAAGGAGUUGAAAGAGCAUGGACUAGACAACACCACGAUCACGCAUCGUGAUGUGUGCAAAGAGGGGUUUGAAAUAGACGCAGUACCGGACCUAGACGGCGAUGUGAUAUUCUUGGACUUGCCUUCGCCCUGGGAUGCUAUACCUCACCUCGACUCGGUGAUUUCGAGCACAAGGAGAGCGGCUGUGUGCUGUUUUUCGCCGUGCAUCGAGCAAGUUGCCAAAACCAUCACCGCCUUGCAGGAGAAUGGAUGGACCAGCAUCGAGAUGGUGGAAGUUGCCGGUAAGAGAUGGGAAGCUCGAAAGGAAAUGAAAAGAAACGUGAGCGAUGCCAUCAACAGAAUCAAAGACAUCCAGCAGCGAAAGAAACAUGGCAUUGAAAGCAUGAAAGCGGGAACCGUGCCGCAGAAGUUGGCUAAAGUCGAAGAUAACGGAUUUUUGUCGGCCAAGAAAAGCGCCCGGGUUAAGGAAGGCGACGAGAAGUUUGAAUGGACAAACGUGACCAAGACAGAACCAGAGAUCAAGAGCCACACAUCGUACCUAACAUUUGCAUAUAAGUUGAAGGGCCAAACAGAGUGA